AUGUCCGCCAAUGCCAGCGAACCUCAUGCGAGCGAACCUCCUGCCUGCGAACCUCCGGCGAGCGAACCUCCGGCGAGCGAGCCUCCUGCGCCGGCACCGAUCGCAGUGGAAGGAUCCACAGCAGUAGACGAACCUGACGAACACUCUGCUUCCGAGCGAUGCGAGACAGAUGGCGAGCAAAGCGCUACCGUGGAGCAAAGACGACCGAAGGGCACCGCUGGCCAAUCAGUGGGGGAAGCCGAAUCGAAGCCCCGGAUAUUGAGCUCGCAUAUCGACUCCGCCAGCGUUGCCAUCCCGCCUGUCUUCCAGCCUCUCCCUCCCUUCUUCCCGUCCGACUUUUUCGCCACCCGUUCGCACCCUUGGAAUCGAUCGGGAUUCAGAUACUUGGCCUGUGGGCCGCCGGCCGAUCAACAGCAGCAGGACGCGGAUCAUCCGUUAUACUAUACGAUCGAGACCGCGCCCCCAGGCCUAGUGAAAUGGUCGUGGGAGGAUCGGAGUAGCUAUGUGUACGUGACCAAGGACGGUCUGUCAGUCACGACCGACAGGGGCUUUCGAUCGGCCCGGGCAAAUUUACCGAUCAGAGAGGGGCAAUGGUACUUCGAAAUCAUCAUGGUUCGCGCUGGUGGAGAGAUCAAUCAAGGCGCGCGAUCCGAGCCCGAAGAAGCCCACGUCCGUGUAGGCAUCGCCAGAAGAGAGUCUGGCUUGAACGCACCCCUCGGGAUCGACGGUUAUUCUUACGGAAUCAGGGAUAAGACUGGCGAGAAGGUACACCUCUCUCGACCCCAGAAAUAUGGCGAGCCGUUCGGCUCGGGCGAUGUGAUUGGCAUCCUGCUCGAUCUUCCCCAGAUGCGCAAGCCGAUAGACGAAGACCGGGAUGACCCGGCGCGGAUCGAGCGAAAAAGAAUCCCGAUUCGCUACCGACGCCAGCUUUAUUUCGAGUCUGCCGAGUAUCCGAUCUCCAAGGAAAUGGAGGAUCUUGCCGAGUCUGCCCUCCCGGCCAAACUGCAACCCAAGCAGGAACCUCACAAAGCCACUUUAGCCGCCGAGACACCCAAGAAGAAGAGCCUUCCUGGUCAGAAACAAGUCGAUGACGAGCCUCCUUCAGCACCAGCUGUGCCCAGCGGCCCUCCCUUACGUCCUUUGCCGGUCCUGAAAGGUUCGAAAGUGGUGUUCUUCAAGAAUGGCGUCUGCCAAGGAGUGGCGUUCAGGGAUUUGCUGGAUUUCUUGCCCUUGCGAGCGGAUCCGAGUCCCCAAAACAGUGGCUCGCUGAAUCAGCCCGGCGACGAUUCAAAUUUUGUAGACUCGAACAAUGCCAAGAGCGGAGGGAAGAUACACGAUGAUGGUACACUGGGAUAUUAUCCCUGUGUGAGUGUGUACGGAGGAGGAAUUGCCCGGCUUAACGCCGGCCCGGAAUUCAAGUUUGCCCCCCCAGAAUCAGUCAAUCAUCUGCUCGACGAAGAUGCUGAUCACGCCGAGAGGGAUACACCCCCGGAUGCUGGCGACGACUCAAGGGGUUUCCGUAAGAGUUGGAAGCCUCUUUCGGAACUGUAUCCACUUCACGUAGCCGAGCAACGGAGGUUAGACGAGCUGGACAUAAUCAAGAAUCAGAAGCGGCUAGAAGCAGAAGCCACUCAACGGCUCGGACCGCCCCAGGUCGAUGUGGCCGCCAAAGCGAAGCCGACCUCGAAGCGAAAGCGUGUCAGCUCGCCGUCUUCGACGGCUGUUGGGACAUCAACCGCCAAGGGCAAAAAGAAAGGCAAGGUGGGCGCCGCUGUCGAUGGCUUACAGCCGCAGACGUUCAAGCCAAGCCCGCUCGGCAACAUGGAGAUCAUCCCGGAGCCCGCUCCUGCACCCGACCUGGCCACCCUCGAGCCUCCAGCGGGAGACGACUCUCACGCGAUCGAAGCGAAGGGCAAAAAGAAAGGCAAGCUGGGCGCCGCUGUCGAUGGCUUGCAGCCGCAGACUUUCAAGCCGAGCCCGCUCGGCAACAUGGAGAUCAUCCCGGAGCCCGCUCCUGCACCCGACCUGGCCACCCUCGAGCCUCCACCGGGAGACGACUCUCACGCGAUCGAAGCGAAGGGCAAAAAGAAAGGCAAGCUGGGCGCCGCUGUCGAUGGCUUGCAGCCGCAGACUUUCAAGCCAAGCCCGCUCGGAAACAUGGAGAUCAUCCCGGAGCCCGCUCCUGCACCCGACAUGGCCACCCUCGAGCCUCCACCGGGGGACGAUUCUCACGCAAUCGAAACGAAUCAGUAG